AAGGGGAACUAUCUGAAGAUAUGCAAAAAGUCUUUUAGAUCUCUAGUCUGGGUUUCAUACCUACCCAACAGACAGCACUGGUCUAUGUAUAUAUCGUAUCUAUCUCAUCUAUCUCAUCUAUCCAUCUAUCCACAUCUAUCUACAGUAGUACACAGUAGUAGUAGCAAGUAGUAGUCUACAGUAGUUCUAAUACAGUCUAAAAGCACGCUGAAGACUAGAUACCUCUAAAUAGUUUUUUUGUCUAUAAUAGUUCAUUUCGCAUUUCGAGGUAAAUAAAAAGAAAAGAAAGACAUCAUCCAUAAGAAACUUAUCAUGUCGUCUCCAAUUAGUGUUUCAGACUCAACCCCAUCAUGGACCGACAGUGAAGAAUACGAGGUACCUAAAGAUAAAGUAGCACGUUUUGAAAAAACUGAAGCAGAUUAUGUGGAAUCCUUAAUGGAAGUUCUUUCUUCAGCUGAUUCAAUUCGUCAAGUUAAGCAGAUAUUGAGUGACAAAGAAAAACUAUCGGAAGAUAUAGAAGAAGUCUUUGAUAGAGCUAUAAAAAAAGAAGAAAGAGAACAAAAAAAAGCUUCUGAAGUGCCCAUAAAACGUAUCAUUAACAAAAUUCGAAUAAUGAAAAAACGUGAAAGACAAUAUGAACUAGAAAAAUUAUUACGAACAUGUCAAGCUGAGUUGAAGAAGACCCAAUAUUAUGUAUUCAACACAGCAAUACCACAAUCUGAGAGAAAGAAGAGACAAGAUUUUUUGGAUAUAGAAUUAGAUCUCUUGCAAGAAUAUUUAUGGGUUACAAAAGAAUUUGUUCCACGUACUGACGAAGACCGCGCAAAACUUUGGUCAGCCAACAGCUGGCCUGAUUGUCCAGAAUUUGUCUCCAGAAAAGACACUCAAGAAUCAGAUAUGGAUGAAUCAGAUAUGGAUGAAUCAGAUAUGGAUGAAUCAGAUAUGGAUGAAUCAGACUCGAAUGAAUCAGACUUUGAUGAAGAGGCAUGCUACAAAAAAUAUCUACAAACGCUAAAAACUGAAGACAGUCUAAUGAGUUUAUCUGGUAUAUCAAUUAAAUAAUCUUUCAAAAAGAAAUAAAAAAAAUUUGAAUGAUUAAUACUUCCUAUAAAGAUGCUUAAUCAACAUCAUCAACAACCUAUCUUUUAGCAUAAUAAUAAUAUAUGUUGAAAAUAUAAAAAAAUCUUCAUACCUGGUGAUGAUGAAUUAUCAUUAAAUGCAAAUACAAUUAAAUUUUCAUACAAUGUAAAAUUUUUUUGUUGUUAACAAUGGGUUGUUAACUAAAAUCACUUUAAAAAACUUAGUAUAUAGUU